AUGGCGACAGCCUCGCCGCUUCUUGCCCUACCGGGAGAAGUACGCAACCUGCUCUAUGUCUUCUACUUUGCGCACGAUCCACUGGUCCCACCUCCGCAUAUCUCACGAUCCCCGUUGGCGCUGUCGCUUACGUGCCGCCAACUGUACAGCGAGACCCACGCGCUUGCCUUCGUAGCGACCACAUUUAGGGCCCGCUGCUGGCUGCUCUGGGAGCUCAAAACAAGGUUCAGGCGACUGUCCCCGCCUCUCCGGCCCUCUAUCAAGAGGCUAGAGCUCACCGUCCACGUCUCCGAGUUCCUAAGACAACCCAGCUCUCUACAGGGUCUGCGCUUCGCCGAGGCGGGCCUGACCGGGCUGCAAGAUCUAUAUAUUCAGUAUACCGGGCAGCCUAAAUCCGAGUCGGGAGAGACAUAUAUAAUAUCGAAUCUGGAAUUGGUCCUCUGGAAGACCGUGGUGCAGCGCAGGAAUGACCGGCUGGAGAAGAUACGCGUCGUCCAUGGAGGCGCGCUUCGCUGGACAAGCAUCAUUCAGCUAUGCGAGCGCAUGCAUAGCUGGCUGCCGCUGCCGUGGGUGACGGACGAGGUUUGGGAGACGCGGCGCAACCUCGAGGAGGGCCGCUUUAGCCUCGUCAAGAGGGGCAGAGAUGGAUCUGAGCAGAGGGUCGUUGAGAUCUUGCUAGGAUACACAAUCCGCGAGGCCGAACAGUAUCGUGCGGUACGCGAAGAGUUGCUACAGGGCAAAGUCCUGGAGAAUGUCAGGGCUCGACGACCCAAGGGCGAGGAUGCAGCAGAUCUCGAUAGCGAAACCUUAGCAUAUGAGAUCGAACAGCUCUCUCGCGACUUCCGCCUGCCGCACAAGAUCGACACGAGCGGAUACUACUGA